AUGCCAAUUGCCGUCAUCGGCAUGGGCUGCCGCCUGGCUGGAACAGCAACUUCUCCACAGAGGCUGUGGCAAAUGCUAACGAGAGGACAAUCAGGAUGGUCCCGCGGAGACAACUCGAGAUUCAAGAUGGACUCCUUUUAUCACCCUUCCAAAGAACUGAGAGGAGCGUUCAACGCAAGAGGCCUAUACCUUCUAAAGCAGGACGUGUCUCAUUUCGAUAAUCAGUUUUUCCGCAUCAGUCCGCUUGAGGCGCAGGCCAUUGACCCUCAACAGAGGCUACUGCUUGAGGUUGCCUACGAGGCUUUCGAGAAUGCGGGGAUAUCGAUCGAAUCACUUGCAUCUUCAGAGACGGGUGUCUACUGCGCAGUGUCAAAUAAUGAUUAUGAGAGAAUGCAGAGCAGAGACCCAGAAUUCUCUCCGAAUCACCGAUUCAUAGGCACAGGCACGGCACUUGCGUCAAACCGGAUAUCAUACCACUUUGAUCUGAAUGGUCCUAGCAUUACCAUAGAUACCGCCUGCUCUGGCAGCCUCGUAGCAGUACACCAAGCCUGCAAGGCUAUCCGAAGUGGCGAAAUUGAUCAAGCGCUUGUAGGUGGGACCAAUCUAAUACUUGAUCCUGAGCAAAUCGCCGUCAUGUCGUCAAUGCAAGUUUUGUCUGACGAUGGCCGCUGCUACUCUUUUGACAAUCGAGCCAAUGGAUUCGGUAGAGGCGAAGGCGUGGCAGCGAUUGUCUUGAAGCCGCUCAGAGAUGCCAUGCGUGAUGGAGAUCCAAUCCAAUCAGUGAUACGAGCCACUGCUAUUAAUCAGGACGGUCAAACUCCCAGUGUGACAGUGCCCUCACAAGCAGCACAGGUGAGGAUGAUCAACAAAGUGUAUGCUGAUGUAGGACUUGAUCCACGAGAUACAUGCUACGUCGAAGCGCAUGGUACUGGAACGCAAGUCGGAGACAAGAUUGAAGCAGCUGCUAUUUUCAACACCUUCUGCUGCGGUCGCCCAUCAGAUUCUCCGCUCUACGUCGGUAGUGUCAAAACCAACAUUGGCCAUACAGAGAGCACUGCGGGUAUAGCUGGGCUUUUGAAAAGCGUGAUGAUUCUUAACUCCAGAAAGAUUCCUCCGAAUUUGAACUUCUCCCAUCCCAACGAACAAAUUCCUCUACAUGACUGGCAAAUCAAUAUACCACGUAAAGUGCUUCCCUGGCCUGAAAACCACAUCCGGCGAGCAUCGGUGAAUAGCUUUGGAUAUGGCGGAACAAAUGCCCAUGUCAUUCUCGAAGCACCAGAAGAUUACUUGGCCUCACACUCCCAGCUGCAUGCAAACCACGAGCAUACAACAACGAAAGGCACGACAAACGGGGAAUUGAAACUCUUGCGUGCACCCGAAAAUGCGGACCAGGUCCCUCAGAAGAGGCGUCUGUUUGUUUUCACGCAUGCUGCCCAACGCGGCAUGGGUACAAUGGCAACGAAUUUCAAGCAGUAUCUCCGGACGUGGGCUCAGGAUCAGGAUGAAAGCCAAUUUCUCGAUGAAUUAGCUUAUACGCUGGCGAUGCGGAGAUCUUACCUCGCAUUCCGAGUUGCGGUGAGUGCUACCAACUUGACAGAACUGCUUGAUGCUCUUGAGGCUAUCUCCAAAGGCAUAAUACGUCCCCAAAAGGCUCUUGAGAACCCAAAGAUAUGCUUUGCAUUUACUGGCCAAGGAGCGCAAUGGGCUCGCAUGGGCCAAGAGCUCCUCAGUACCUAUCCAUUAUUUGCGGCAUCUAUGCAAACCGCUGAGCUACACCUUGCGAGCUUAGGCGCAGAGUGGUCGCUGUUAAAGGAACUUUCCCAAAAGCCUGGAGAAUCUCGCAUGAACGAAGCUGCCAUUUCGCAACCAUGCUGCACAGCCAUUCAAAUUGCUCUGGUAAAUCUGUUACGAUCUUGGGGAAUUCGACCGACUGUCGUUUGUGGCCACUCGAGCGGUGAGAUUGCGGCAGCAUAUGCUGCAGGCUUUCUUUCUGACCAUGAUGCUCUGAACAUUGCCUGCUUCAGAGGGCAAGCUGUUGGAAAGCUGAAAACAGAGCACCCGGAGCUUGAUGGUGGUAUGAUGGCUGUGGGAUUGUCGGCGGAACAAGUACAGCAUUAUAUCGAUGAGAAUGCUUCAAACGAUCCUUUCGUGAAGGUUGUGGUGGCAUGCAUCAACAGCCCAAUGAGCGUAACUCUGUCUGGCGACAAAUCUGCACUUCAGUUGAUACGAACAGACCUCGAAAGCGACGGUGUUUUUAACCGUCUCCUCGCCGUGGAUGUUGCGUACCACUCCCAUCAUAUGGGACUCGUUCGAAAAGAGUACCUCGAACUGAUGAAGGAUCUGAGACCACUACAGUCUAAUGACGGUAUACGCAUGAUAUCCUCUGUUACCGGAAAGGAAAUCCAUGGCAAGGCAAUGAAUGCCGAGUACUGGGCUGAGAACAUGGUGUCUGCCGUGAGAUUUUCCGAGGCUCUUGAGGGUGCUCUAAUAUUGUCGGACGAGGACAUCAAUGGUUCACGUUUAACUGUGAAUAUGAUUCUGGAGGUUGGACCACACUCAGCGCUCGCAGGGCCAAUCAAGCAGACACUGAAGGCCAUUGCACAUAGUUCGGCCAAAGUGUCAUAUCACUCCAUGCUUUCGAGAAAUGACGACGCUGUUAAGACCGCAGUCGACAUGAGUGGUCAUCUCUUUACCCUCGGAUAUCAUGUCUCCUUCAAUUCCAUCAACGAUCCGAGCAACAUCCUGGACAAAAGGACAUUGACGAAUAUGCCGGUAUAUAACUGGCAGCAUUCAACAUCCCACUGGAGCGAAGGUCGUAUCAGCACGCAGUUCCGACUCCGGCAGUUUGCAAGGCACGAUCUCCUUGGCGUUCCCAGCAAUGACAGCAUACCUACGGAGCCGACAUGGAGAAACUACCUGAGCUCGUCCGAAAUGCCUUGGCUCAGUGGUCACGUUAUUGAUGACCAGGUAAUAUUCCCAGCUAGCGGUUAUAUAUGCAUGGCUCUCGAAGCUCUUCGCCAAAUGACGAUAACGAAUGGCCGGAUGUGGAAGAACAUUAUUUGUCGAUUCCGUGAGGUAGUCAUUGGAAGAGCACUACUGAUUCCUGAAAAUUCUCGGGUGGAAACAUUUUUCACUCUUCGACGUUAUGCAUCCUCCACUCAAGAAUCUUCAUCAAUCUGGAAAGAAUUUCGGGUUUCUUCAAUUUCGGCCACGGGAAAAGACACUGAGCAUUGCCGUGGUUUGGUUUGUGCAGCGCAAGAGGAUCUUUAUCACAUGGAGACUACCCGAAAGGGUUUUGAGGAUGCACAAAAGACCUGCCGACGCACGAUCAAUGUGGGAAAAUACUACAGCGAUCUCAAGUCGGUUGGAAUGAGUUAUACUGGGCCAUUUUCGAAUCUCACUCAAAUCAGCACACAGCCACUGGAUUCGCUGUGUACUGUCACAAUCCCGGAAACAAAAUCUUCAAUGCCUGGGAAGUACCAACAGCCCCAUGUCUUGCAUCCUGCCACCCUGGACAUGUGCUUCCAAACUGUCUUUCCAGCUUUAAUGGCCUCGACAAAGAUGGACUCUAGUAUGGUUAUCUCAGGUAUCGAAGAGUUGAACAUUUCAAGCGAUGUCAGCUCCGAACCCGGAAAAAGCUUCCUUGCUCAUGCUACAAUUCAACCCUUCGGACGUUUGAAGUAUAGGGCAACUAUUGAUGUUGGAGAUUCAUACCUCAAAGAGCCUUCACUGAUCAGCAUCAGAGGGUUGCGCGCAAACUCUACAUAUGAAAUAUCAAGCACCUCGAAUCAGUCACAGAAACACAAUUUGUGCCGCCAGCUGGAGUGGGGCCUUGAUACUGCUUGUGCAAAGCAAGAUGAUCUCAACCAGCUCUGUCGAUUUGACCUUGAACUUGACCCUACGAUGGAGCGAAGAAACACUUUCGAUUGCUACAUCCGGCAUGUCAUACAGCAGGUGCUCGCCGUCAUCACUGACAAAGAUGAGGCUUCAAUGGUAGCGCAUCAUAGGAAAUUGGUACACUGGAUGCGCUCACAAGAGCGGGAUCCGCUUGCAGAAGUUCAUCCGAAAUUAAGAGAGAAUAUUCAGUCACUUGGCGCUGAUGGAAAGAUGUUGGUGCACGUCGGCGAUCAUCUCGCCGACAUCCUUACAGGAAAGAUCGACCCUCUAACAGCCAUGAUGAAAGAUGAUCUGCUCUACCAGUUGUAUGCGAUGGAGAACAUCCAGAGAUGCCACAUUCAACUUGCAAAUUAUCUGCGUCAACUCCAAUUCAAAAACCCCCGUAUGAGAAUCCUAGAGAUUGGCGCAGGCACAGCGAGUAUGUCAAUCAUUGCACUGGAGGCAUUGACUGGCGACCCAAAAACCCGUCGAGCGGGGAAGGCAAAGCUCGACAAGUAUGUGUUCACAGAUAUCUCUAGUGGGUUCUUUGAGAAGGGCAAAGCCACCUUAGCGGACUGGGGAGAACUGGUUGAGUUCAAGAAGCUUGAUAUCGAAAAGUCAGUCAAGGAGCAAGGAUUUGAUGAAGGUUGCUACGAUCUGGUCAUUGCCUCCAAUGUGUUACAUGCAACUCAGACGAUGUAUAAGACGAUGCAAAACGUCAGAAGCCUGCUUAAGCCAGAAGGAAAACUCGCUCUGGUGGAAAUUACGGAAAAUCAUAUGUUCUGGCACAUUACAGUUGGAGCCCUUCCUGGGUGGUGGCUUGGAGCUGAAGAUGAUCGCAUUGACUCCCCACUACUUGCCCUGCCGAAAUGGGACAAUCUUCUCCACGAUACUGGAUUUUCCGGAAUUGAUGCUAUGAUGAAGGACUAUGAGUCUGCGCACGAGCAUCAAGUCAGUUUGAUCAUAUCUACCGCCAAGGCCCGACUUGACUCGGAGGAUCAACCAGCAAUAGAAAUCAUUUGCAGUGACAAGGAGAAAUCCAUUGCCGAUGCAUUCUACAAACUGAUAACAUCUGUAAACCAGCAGCGCCAGAUUCUCCAGAGCUCCCUCGGCCAAGCUGAAUAUUCCAACAAGAUCUGUGUGGUACUUCUUGAAAUCCUAGCACCCUUCCUUCGUUCCUGCACGGAGAUUGAAUUCCAAAAAAUCAAAUCGAUGUUCGGUCAGGCUAAAGGAAUCCUCUGGGUCACUAGGGGCGGUGCGAUUGAAGCAACAGAGCCCGAGAAGGCCAUCAUUACCGGCCUUGUUAGAACUCUGAGGUCGGAAGACCAUGCACUUAAUAUUUGCACCCUUGACCUUGACCCUAAGACUGAGAACCCUGCCGAUAUGGCGCAACACGUCUUUGAGAUAUUCGGCCAAGCUUUCCGACCUCAUAGCGAGCAUGGCUACUUCCGGGAAUUCGAAUAUGCUAUUCGGAAUGACAAGAUCCUGAUUCCUCGAAUCGUGGAAAAUGAUCCGCUAGAAAGUUAUGUUCGGAACACUGUCAACGAUCUAGAGCCAGCGGUUGGAUCUCUAGAUCAACCGGGGCGUUCUUUGGGACUCGAGAUACAGACUCCAGGAAUUCUAGAUUCGCUGUACUGGACCGAUAGCACCAGCCAUAAUCGAAAACCAAACGCCAACGAAGUUCGCAUCGAGGUAAACAUGAUCGCGCUUAACUUCAAGGACCUUAUGAAUGCCAUGGGCCAGCUCCCAGGCCUUAGUGCAAUGCUGAUCGAGUGCAGUGGCACCGUGGUUGAAGUAGGCGAUGCAACAAAUGGUGAAUUCAAAGUUGGUGACCUCGUCUGCGCUAUCUAUCCCGAAGGUGUCGCUACGAGGAGUAACAUCGAUUAUCGUCAAGUCCAGCGUAUUCCAGAUGGAAUGCCAUUAGAACUUGCUACAGCCAUUCCCAUUUCUUAUGCCACUGCACUCUACGCUUUAAGGGAUGUGGCCUGUAUCAAGAAGGGAGAUUCAAUCCUCAUCCACGCGGCGGCUGGGGCAUUAGGACAAGCAGCUAUUGCAAUUGCUCAGUACUACCAGGCUGGGGAAAUAUUCGUUACUAUUGGCAGUCCAGAGAAAAGAGCACUCAUCAAGAAGAACUUUGGGAUUUCCGACGAGAACAUUUUCUCUAGCCGAACACUUUUGUUUGGUCAAGGAAUCCAGAGAAGGACUAACGGCAGAGGCGUGGAUGUGGUUCUCAAUUCCCUCAGUGGCGAUGCAACGCGUGAGAGUCAAAAUUGCCUUGCUCAAUUUGGACGGUUCGUUGAAGUAGGUAAGAAAGAUCUCUUGUCGAAUGCUAGAAUGGAAACUCAAUACCUUGAAAAAAAUGCAACCUUUUCCGCGGUGGACUUGGGAAUGGUGGCACAACAUAUACCGUCGAAGUUUCAGGAAAUCCUUAGGACCGUUAUCGACCUCGUUCACACGCAGAAACUUCAAGCCGUGCAUCCUGUUACAUUAUUACCCAUCUCGGAGCUCGAGACUGCGUUCCGUCAAAUGCAGACGAGGAAACACGUCGGCAAACUUAUAUUGCAGAUCGAUCAUGACUCUCAGGUGAAGGUUCGCCACGCACCUCUCCCGCCAACGAAACUGAAGGAUGAUCAUACAUAUCUUGUGGUUGGCGGUCUAGGAGGCAUUGGUAAGGCACUCGUCAGGCAUCUGGCAGAUUUAGGUGCAAAACACAUCGCCACACUGUCAAGGUCUGGUGUGGAUAACGAAAGCAAGACCGCGCUCGUGAAAGAGAUGCGCGAAGCUGGAGUCAACCUCGUCAUUCAGCAAGGAAGCGUUACUGAAAUUGAAGACAUCAAGAAACUCAAAGACCUGGUUGGGGAGCGAACAAUUCGCGGUAUCAUACAAGGAGCGAUGGUGUUACAGGACUCCGCCAUAAGCAAUAUGACUCAUGCCCAAUGGCAAACAACGCUGGGACCAAAAGUCACGGGGACCCUGAACUUGCAUUCCGUUUUCGACGGUGCACUCGACUUCUUCAUUCUCCUAUCGAGUGUGAGUGGGAUAGUUGGCAGUCAUGGCCAGGGCAACUACAGCGCGGGCAGCACAUUUCAAGAUGCCUUCGCACGUUGUCUUUCCUCGAAAAAUCAUCCCGUCUGCAGUAUAGACCUAUGCAUUGUUAGCUCAGAAGGCUAUGCAGCAGAGCACCAAGUAGCAGCGAAGCACGCAAUGCGUUAUGGCGCAGGUGUCGUUAGCAUGGAGGAGGUCUUUGCACUCGUUAACCAUGCAAUUUCAUACCCGCUUGCAAGCAACCCAACAAUGGCGCAGGUUCUCGUUGGAGUCAAUCCUGCCGACCCAACAUCUAGUUCUGAAGAGAGUGCUGCGCAGCGGCCUGACCCCCGUUUCUCUCACAUCUGGAAUACUUCUUCACGCCUGGGUACAACGAAUGCAGGUACCAGUGAGGUUAAUGCUUGUGCGGCACUCCUGGCGGCCACAACACAAUAUCUGGCUGUUCAAACAGUCUUGGCUGCAUUCGCAGAGAAGCUGUCGCGGCUUUUGGGAGUAUCGGCUGAGGAAAUCAACCCUGCGCAGUCGGUGUCGAGCUACGGUAUGGAUUCACUCAUUGCAAUUGAGCUGCGGAAUUGGGUAUUGAAGCAGUUGGAGUCGUAUGUCCAGACUGUUGAGUUGAUGAGUCCGUUGUUAAUUCAGGAUCUGGCGAGAUUGAUGGCGGAGAGGUCAAGAUUGGUGCCUGCAGGGUUGUUUUCGACGAAAGAUUAG